AAACAAGCUCAUUAUUGUAUCAAGUUCACAUUGAGACUUCUCGAAUAGGUUCGCGCUUAUUAUUUUGGUAGACAGGUACGAGGUUAAAAUAUAUAGGUAACCUAUCGACAGAUUGACCUUCAAAUUUCACUCGAGCAGGCAAGACUGGCGACAUUCCGACACGUAGGUAAGAACGCUGAUGACGCGGAGUGAAGAGAAAUGCGACCGAAUUCGCGACAAACCAUUGACACAAUGCCGGUUCAUCGCCGCUGGGCGUCCGUCUACCUACUUAGCUAUAGCCAUUGUAGAGGCGUCUUCACAGGUGCGUAAGCGCAGGUAAGCCCCCGCCCGCGCCCGCGGCCCUCCGCGCCGCCAUCUUGCAUUCCACUCACCGCUCGCCAGACCCCGCGCCCGACCCGCGGCCGCCGCACGCCUCGCGCCGCCCCGUGUGUGUGUAGUGUCAUGUUGUGGUAGUGCAGUGAGCAUGGAGUCCACCCCCAUCUGCCGCUGCCGCGUGCUGUACCUGGGCAGCGCCGUGCCGCAGCAGAGCAAGGACGGGCUGCAGGGCAUCCAGGAGCCGCUGCGCGAGCUGUACCCGGACAAGGGCGCCACCGGCGGCGGCAUCGACUCGUGGCUGUCCGUGUGGUCCAACGGCAUCCUGCUCGAGAACGUGGACGAGAGCGGGUCGCGGGUGGCGCGCUUCUUCCCCAUCUCCAGCCUGCACUACUGCGCGGCCGUGCGGCGCGUGACGGUGGAGGGCGCGCCGCGCUUCCUGCCGCUGGACUCGCCCUUCGCCCGCGCGCCCGCGCCGCGCCGCCCGCCGCUGUUCGCCGCCGUGCUGCGCCGCACGCACGGCAUCAAGGUGCUGGAGUGCCACGCCUUCAUCUGCCGCCGCGAGGCCGCCGCCAACGCGCUGGUGCGCUGCUGCUUCCACGCCUACGCCGACAGCUCGUACGUGAAGCGGCUGGAGGCGGAGCGCGCGCCGCCGCAGCUGCCGCCCGACGAGGAGGAGCUGGAGGUGUACGACGGCGACGAGAACCACAAGGUGUGGGUGGGCGAGGUGGAGCGCGACGACGCCAGCGACGACCUGCCGCACCCGGCCCGCGCGCCGCGGCCGCGGCAGAUCGCGCGCCCCGCCUCCGUGCCGCCGCCGCCGCCGCCGCCCGAGGAGCCCAAGAAGAAGUCCACCACCAAGAAGACGAAGAAGAAGUCGUCGGCGUCGGCGGACGAGCUGUACGCGACGAUGCCGGGCCCGCCGCAGCACCAGAUGAUGAACGGGCGGUCGCUGGGCCGCGCGCCGCCCGCCUGGGCGCAGGGCGCGCCCAUGAUGCUGGUGGCGCACCCGGCGGCCACGCUGCCGCACGCGCGCGCCGCCACCAUGGCGCACCGCGGCCGCCCCGCGCCGCCGCAAGGGCCCUUCCCGCCCGGGCCCAUGAUGAACGGGCGCGGGCGCCUGCAGUACGCCACGGUGGACCCGCGCCGCUCCAAGCCGCCGCCGCCCUCCAUGAAGGCGGCGCAGAGCAUGGGCUCGGGGCUGGAGGCGGCGGACGACGCGGGCGGCAUCUACCGCAAGAAGGGGCACCUCAACGAGCGCGCGUUCUCCUACAGCAUCCGGCAGGAGCACCGCAGCCGCUCGCACGGCUCGCUCGCCAACCUCAAGUUCGCCGCGCCGCCUGAGGUGGAGUCAGGCCGCGAGGAGCUGAAGAAGGAGCGGGAGAUCAUGCAGCUGGUGGCGGGUCUCCAGCUCGGGCCGGACGAGCUCCAGCGGCGCGAGGGGCCGCCACACAUGAUGCGCGCCAAGUACGCUCCCAGAUAACACCACGCCACGGGAACUCUCAGCCUUCCCCUGAAGGAGACUGGAGCCGGGGGGCUACUCUUGCUACGCUGAACAUGAAGUUUCGGGGAGUUGUCAUGCAAACAAGCAGCGCUUCGAAAAAUCGUCUAUGUAGAGGUAGAGUGACCCUACAGGAUGCUCUCAAGAGUUACGAAAUAUUGCAAGAUUUUGCACUUGUCAUACUGCCGAAUAUAGUAAAUCACACUGUAAAUUACAAACUACAUUUUAUGAGAAUCGAAAAUAACCUUGGGUCUUUUACUAUUAACAGAGAACUUCAAAAGAUAUUGAAUUAUUCGAAAGAUAGUCAAAAACUAGGAUUGCGUGUUUUGCCCCUUUUACAAAUCUUGUAUGCACAUUGCACACCUUUGAAAGUUGUGAACAGUGUAAUGAUAAGUAAACAGGAUGGUACGGUCAGGUGCAAAGAAACCUGACCCCCCUAUCAUACUAACAAUGCUUCUGAGGGGGGUCAGGUUUAUCUGCCCCUUACUGUGUACCUAUUGUGUGACUUUAUUGUUCGGUAUUAUGACUUUUAUUAAGAUUAGUUAUAUCUACGUUUGUACAGAACAAUAUCAUAGGAUAUAAGUAAUUAUGAAUUAAUUACGCCAUGUAUGUCGCAUGAUGUAGGAAUUGAUGUAAUCUCCAUUUAUAUUGUUGUAUAUUCACAUAAUAACAAAUUACCUACUUAGGAAUUGUAUAUUUUUUACAUGUACCUACCUAUUUACUUGUAUCAAAAACUUAAGGUUUUAAAAAAGAAAUUGUUAGUAUCAAACCUCUAUCAAUAUUUCAAAACCAUAGGCUAUGUUGUUUUACUUAGGUUUUACUUAGGUAGUUACAUUUUAUGCUAUAGAUCAAAGUAAAACUUAUUAUCAACUUAAGUUCAUUUUCCACUGCACACAAAUAAUACUGAACAAAGAGCAAUUUAAUAGUUUAAAUGAAAAAUUAUCAUUACUCUGAAUGUUAAUGUGAGAUUGUGCGUCGUAAUGGUUCAGAAAUACGUCAUUCAGUACCUAAGGAAGUAAAUAGUUUCGAUACACAUUAAUCAAAUUAUCCGUGUACCGAGUGUGAGUUUUGUGUAAACACAUAAACUACAGUUCUGUACAUACACCAAAUCACAGAAAUCCAAUAAAAAAAAACUUCAAAACUACCUAUAAAAGUAAUCUGGCGUACAAUUUUAUUCAGAUGUUGUGGCGUCUGAAUGUUUGUAUUAGACAGUAACUGCCACCAUUAUUAUUUUUUUCAUUCAUCAAGAAACAUUUUUCGAACUAUAUAAAAAAAGUUAAAUUAAGUCCUAUAUGAUGUAAAUAUAUUAUUUUUAUCGUAGGAUAGGUACUAUUUAAAAUAAUGGGCAAGAAUGUAGUCAGUAGUUAAAUUGUAUUUUAAAUGUGCCUUAAUAAGUAACAAAUAGGAAAAGUUAAUAGGCUUAACUUUUUUUGUCAACAAGUUGUACUAUACCCAUUUGAAAAGAUUUUUAAAAUGUAUACUGUUAAUUGGUAUUUACUACAAGAUUUUGAUAAAAAAAUAAAGAGAAAAUUUAUUAGUAACUACCUAAACAGCCACACAUUUAUACGUUGUCAAAAAAAUAUCGUAUUAUGUAGACAGUACCACUUGUUAUCAAAAGAAAAAGUCUCUAGGUAUUAGGUAAAUAAAUACAAUUGUACAAAAAUACUAGAAUGGUUAGUCAAAGAAGGAAAUAUUACAUAUAGGUAUUAUACAUACGAGUGGAGUUUUUCUAUAAAAUAUGGAAUAGUUUGUAUAAGGUUUAUAUGGAGAUAAGUUCGUUGAUAAAAAUGCAUUUGUUAUACUGUACCACACAACGAAACUUAGAUAGGUAUAUAUUUUUUAUAAUCUGAAGUAUAAAUAAAAACUUAUAGUAAAAGUUUCUAUGACAAUAAAUCUAACUAUUUUUGGAUUUUUAUGGUCACCGAGUGCCAUCUUUCCUUUUAUAAAAAAAUAUUGAUGAACAGUUUUUCAACUAUGAUGGAAACUAUAAAUUGUGUACGUAUUACUUAUAAUUUUAUUAUUAAUUUAAUUAGGUAUGGCUAGACAACGAUGUAUCCAAUUCUUAUUGUCAUAUUUUUUAAAUAAAUAUAGGCCGUAAUAUAG